AAAGCAUUUUGGUUUCGUCUUCAUUUGUGAUAACAACCUUUGUGAUAGAUAAAAAAUUAUAACAAACAGGAAAGAAGUGUGUGGCAAGAAAUGAAUAAUCAUUUGUUUGCUGCCCUUUUGGGUUGCUUCAUAGUGCAUGGAAUGGCACAGCAUGACGUCAUCCAAUUCACAGAUUCCCAAGGAAGGUGUUGGACAUGUAGUCCGAAUUCUCCAUGCGUACCUUGUUCAGGAAAUAACAACCAUAAUAAUAACAAUAAUCAUGUCAUCAAUCCUUUGGUUGAUCCUCCUCCAGUAGACCCUUCAUGUCCUCCUCCAGAUUGUUCAAUUUUGGAAAACAGGGGUAUACUGUGGCCUAAUGCAGAUCCAAGAUUCUUCUUACAGUGUGUUCCCGAAGGUGGUGUUUGGGUGCCAACAGAAGUUCCCUGCCAAUGUGGAACAUUUUUCGAUUAUUUAAACCAGCGUUGCGAAUUUCCUUGGGAUUGGAACCCUGCUUGUGCCUUCACUAGUAUACCUGACCCACUUCCAUGUGAAGACGAGACAACUCCGACUACGACUACUGAAGACGAUACUACGACUAUUUCUGACACAACAACUACAACGGCGCCUUGUGUUCCAUGCAUGCCAUGCAUACCUUGUAUGAUUUGGUGGAUGUGUCAGCCUUGUAGUCAAAGCUGCAACAAUGGUUGCUCGAUGGGAUAAUCCUAGAGCAUUUCAUUGAUUUGAAAACAAUUUUAAAAAUAUUGGCAAAUAGCUGUUCAAAAAUACUGGCUGUUUAAAAAACUUAACAUCAACAAAUCGAAUUUUGCAAAUUUUCUUAAAAAACGAAUCUUUCAGAAAAAUACUAAGAAUAAGAUGGGUGAUAGGGUAAGGUGGAGGUUAAAAUUAUAACUUUAUUUUACUAUUAAGUUCACAUAAAAUUAAUUUUGCGGUGGAAUUUGAUAACAUAUCAUGAAAAAAAAUUGCAGAACUUUGUAUUAUGUUUUGAUAUUUUAUUAUUGCAUAAACACUCAAAUUUAAGUGGCGAAUAAAUUGAUGGAAUUAAUUUCGUAACA